CACAUACCUAACCGCAUUCACUCCACACAAUGAACACGGAUCGGAGCAAUAGGCGAGGAAACAGACAAUCCACGUUGAGUGAUGGCUCCUAUCACAUUUACUGCAUCAACUUCUAUGACAAUGGGCUGAAUGCGCUUCGGGAUGAGUUUAUAAGCCGCAUCAAGUGCGGUCUGCGUCGUCCCCUUUUCGUUAUAGAUGUGGAGAGCGAGAUGCAGCUGGCCAUACAGCAGAACGAUCUGCGAAUGUCAAAGGCGUAUGCCAAGCGGUCGGUAGUGGGACCAAACGAGCUCAAGUCCACGGAUCCCCUCACCAUUACCCUGCAACGAAUACGGGAGUGCGUGGCCGAGUACGUCAGCAUAAGCAGAAACAUCGAGCAGGAACUAAACUUUGAUCUCUAUGAGUAUUGGCAAAAGAAUUAUCCGGCCGAGCUGAAUAAUAUUUCGAACGAGCCCAAGAAGGCACGCAAGACGAAGAAUGGAUUAGAUGCUGCUUCCGUGAAGACAGGCAAAUCCAAGACCGACAAGAGAUCUAGCGAAAAGUCGAAAAUGGAAAAAAUUGAUUGCAUGUCCGUUACGGUCAAGGAUCACCAUAAAGUGGGCAAGGGACAGCCACUGUCCAAGCGAAUGUACAUCAAGGAUAACCCUCUGACGUCAAAGAUCAUGAUCCUGAUUAUUGGCAACUUGAACAAUGAUUUCUGCAAGACUCUGUUGGCCCACCAUCAGCCACUUCGAGCAAUCAUUCACUUUCUGCCCGAGGAGUGCGCAUACGAUCUGCUGGUGCCGCGUCCGCGACGGGAGAGAUAUCUGCAGGAAACCAUUACCAACAUCCAUAGGGACAUUCACUCGCUGCGCAAGAGGACGGCCACCAAGCCCGUGGGCAUAUUCCAGCAGCAGCUGCCCCAGAUGUCCGCCUGCCUGGCCACAAAGUUCACGGACGACAUCUUCAAUCAGCUGAGCUGGUUCGUGUACGAUUUGGAGACGCUGAGGGAGCAGUACAUAUCGUACUACCUGGAGCCCUACCAGGAGAUCAAUGUGAAGAUGAGCCCGGAGGCCAGCAUGCAGGACAGCUUCCACAUGGCCGAGUCGCUCAGCAUUCAAGGACACUACCUGAAGGCUCAGAUGCCAGCAGCCAGGUCGGACAUUGGCACCAUCUACCUGUACGUGGAGUCCCUGAUGAGCACAUUCGGCAACCCCCGUGAGCUGAUGACCGAAGUGGAAGUCCUUCUGCUGGCAAAUCCCACCUCUGCAGCGCAAACACGAAUGCUAGACAAAAUCAAGGUCUAUGCGAAUGCCUUCAAGAGCAUUGUGAAGUUGUCCAAGAACGAGCGACUGUUUGUGGAGCAGGGCAACUCACUGCUGACCAGCAUGCUCUCCUACAUGGACCAGUCGUUGAUGAGCAAUGUCUACCACGGCUGCCUGGAGUACAACCUCAUGCGACGCUACUUUACGUCUGGGUACAUCACCGCAUCGCUUCCCUACUGCCCCUACAACGGGGAGAUGGAGCCCAUCCUGCUGCCCAAGUAUGCCCAGCUCUAUCUCACGGACGACGCGGUGACGCAGCGCAUCAUAGAGCUGGUCAAUGACUACGAUGACUUCACCGUGGACGAAGUCUACCCUAGUGUAAAGCUGUACACCUUCAGGCGGGCUCUCAACGAGAUCUUCGAGCAGCAGAAGCAGACUGUGCUGCCCACACGCCUGUGCUUCAGAGAUUUUACCCUCUUUGAGAUGGAGCAAUUCCUAAAGGACCUGGUAACUCCCCAGAUGUUCAAUGAGGCCAUGGAGCAUAACGAGAACUUGACUCUGGCGCAAAGCAUUGCCACCAUGCCCGGCCUUGAGCAGGAGCCAAUGAUCAUUAAGUGCAAAGAGGGCCAACACCUGACCAUCGAUCCAAAUGUCUUUGUGCGGCCACAGUCACUAAAGGCACAGAAAAUAGCAAAGGGCAAAGAGGAGCGCCGCGCUGCAAGUGUGGUAAGUGCGAGAACCACAAACAGAAGUCAGUGGAUGGCCUCCAAGACAAGCCUUCUGCGCCAUGGCUCCGCACAAACCCACUCGAAGCUCAAUGUUACUGGAAGUGAGCUAACAAAUGAGCCCUUCAUUGGUCUGCGACCCAAUCAUCCCAUGCUCAAGGGCUACAAUCUGGACGACACACAGCAAAAGAUCAAGUCCAAGACCUCCAAGUACUUCUUCGAGGAGGGUCGCAUCACGCUGUACGAGGAAAAGUGGAACUUCCGGCAGAUGAACAAGUGCCUCUCCCUGCAGCUCGACGGCCAGCAUGUGCACUUCAGGGACGCUGCCAGCUGUGUGGGUGCCACGGAUGCCAACAUCCGCAUUGAGUCGAAGAACGGCAUCAGCCUCAGAGUGCUGCUUUCGGAGACGGAGUGUGCCAAGGCUGUGGUCAACUACCCGAACGGAGUGAGCACCUACUGCCACGACACGCAUGCCGAGCAUCUGUGGUCCAUUCAGGAGAACGAGCUGGACGAGAGUCGGCGGGUGUGUACCCCCUACGGCUGUGUCAUUGUCUUCUACCACAACAGCUCCACUGUGCUGAUUAUGCGAUACAACGGAGAGGUCUAUCGUUUGUUUAGCCAUACCGAAACGGAGGUCGAGGAGGAGGAAGGUGGAUCGGAGUUCAUUAACGCCUGCUCCACCCAGUCCACCUUUAGCGGCUACCAUCCGCUGUCCAGCGCACCCAAAAAAAAGAAGAAAACUCGCGAAGUAAGAUCCUCGCAGAUUACUCGCUCCUUGGGUGGCGCCGACACCCAGACUCGUUCCUCAAUUCAGAGCAGCACCUCGAGGGCAGCGCGCAAGGAGCGACAGGCCAAGACCAACCAGUCGGCAGUCCUGUUCGCCAGCAUUGACUUUGAGCUGAAGUACCUCAAGUUCAUCAUGAGCUUGUACAGCCUCAGCUACAGGCAUCUCAAGCUCACCACCUCGAUGGGCAGUUUGGUGCACGUGCAGACGGACGGGAAGAUCUGGUGCGGGAAGCCCUACAGGAACACGGAAUGGCAUGACUACUACGCCAAUGAGUCGUAUGCCAUGCGGAGUGACGGUGUCAAUAUUGUAUGGACCAAAGACGAAACGAGAUGCUACCACAGUGACGGCACGAUCAUCAGGACUGGCACCAUCGAGGGCUGGGAUCCGGGCGUAAUGGUGGACGAGAUAGAUGCCGAGAUAACAUCCAGUAGCUCCCAUCGCACAUUUCAAAAGUCCUCCAAAAUGCCCACCACCCUGUACAUCAAUGCGCCGGAAGGUGUACCCUUCGAACCAACUGCUCUGCCGUCGCAGAGCUCUUUGCCCAGCGAACGCUCGAAGAGCAUGGAAACAGAGGUGGAGCCAAGUAAAAGUAGUAUGAGUCAAUACCUUGUAGAGGAGGAGGGAGAGGAAGUCAUCAUGUAUGACAUGAGCUUCAUUACCUACACUCCGGACAGCUACUUCAUUCAGCACCAACUCUAUGCCGGCAUUCACUUUACCUUCACACACCUCACGGACGUUGAGCUGAGGCUUCAGACAGAGGUCUUUAUGUCUGACAAUCUUAAGUUGCGGUUGUAUAAGGAGCAACAGACCGAAGAACCUGAAGCCAAAAAGGUAUCCACCAUUGUGGAUGAUGCAGAGAUACAUUUUGAGGCAAGACAGUCCUCCGAGGCAGAUUCAGAUGAGUGGAUGAAGGGAAGAAGUACGGCUCUCAUCAGUGUUGAGGAGUCUUUGCCUUCACCGCCGCCUUUCGAGAGCUCUCGCGUGGAUAUUGAAGGCAUCAACCUGAGGAUAACUGUAAACGAGAAGCAGGCCAUUGUCACGACUCGAUUGCGUAAGUUUGGAUGCGACGAGAAUGCACUGAUCGUGCGUGAGGACAUCACGCUACAGGUGAACUUUGACAAAAAUCUAUCAAGCACAUUUCGCAAUUGGGUCGAAAUCCUUAGUAGAUUCAUCAACUGUUUCUGUCCCAAGUGGCGGACCGUGUACUUUCUGGAGUCUACUUCGCCGGAGUGUAAAAGGAAGGGCUUUGAACUGGUCAGAACGAUUCCUCCCCUGGGCAAGUACAACUUCUGUGCGGGCAACUACUUUAUCGAUGUAAAUGAACUAAUGUCGGUGAACAAACGUAUGGAAAACGAGUUGGAUUCUUAUGACUGCGAUAUGAUUAAAUUUCCACGCUUUCCACUCUAUAAGAGAGUGCCGCAAACCAUAGAGUUUCCCAUGGUUCUGAAUGCCAAGAUCUUUGUGGAAAUACCUGGACAGCUGGCCAAUACGGAUCGGAUUCAUCACUUUAUCAAUCCCUUUGAUCGGAUCAAGUUCAGGAAACUGCGGCAUCGUUUCAACGAGUCGGUUCUGUUCCAUCUGCAUCCACGUUUGCGUGAAUUGGUGCAGCAGGAGAUCAGCAAACGGAGCUGGCGCAACCAUCAUCAGGAGCAGCAGCGACGCAACUUCUCGGAGCAGCAGCGACUGACCCUCUACAUGGCCAUGCUGAAGCAUAAGGUGUAUCCAAAUUACUUCCAGUUCAAGGAUCAGUUCUACUAUCAUGUUCGCAACAUUGACUUCUUUGAGUUCAUGGCCGUCAAGUGCAGUGAGAAGGCCAAUCCCGAUCACUACCAAGAGCCCAUGGAGGAGACCGAGGAGCCCCCGCCACCGCCAGCAGUCCCCGCCAAAAAGAUGAAGAAGAAAUGCUUGUGUCCGAAGUAUGUGAAGUCGUUAGCAUAGCGAAUACGAGUAGCAGUGCCAUGCCUACACCGUUCUAAAUAAAUCGUUAUAUUACUAGAA